AUGAGUCGUGGAAGAUUGAUAUUAAUUGAAGGUCUAGAUCGGACCGGUAAAAGUACUCAAUGUGAUAUACUUUGUGAAAAGCUUAAUGGUACAUUGAUGAAGUUUCCUCAAAGAGAAACAAAAAUUGGUCAAUUAAUUAACAAUUAUCUUACUGACAAGAGUUUUAAAAUGCCUGAUCAAUCAAUUCACUUGCUAUUUUCAGCUAAUCGUUGGGAGAUGAGUGAAAUUAUACAAACUGAGCUAAAUAAUGGUAGAGAUGUUAUAUUAGAUAGAUAUGUGUAUUCUGGGAUAGCAUAUUCUAGUGCUAAACAUAUUAGUGGUAUGGACAUUGACUGGUGUUAUCAAUGUGAUAAAGGAUUGAUUAGACCAGACAUAACGGUUUUUUUAACAAAUGAUUCGAAUAACGAUGAUAGAGAGGGAUUUGGCGAAGAAAGGUAUGAAAAUAUUGAGUUUCAAAAAGUUGUCAAGUUAAAAUUUUAUGAAAUUUUUAAAAAAUUAGAUAAUUUAAAAGAAGGAGAAGAAGCAGGUGAAAACGGAUUACAAAUAAUCAAUGUCACUAAUAAAAAUAUUGAUGAGGUUACGGGAUUGAUUUUGGAAAGAAUUCAACCUUUCUUGAACAAAAAAUAUAAUGGUAACGAAUUUAUGUAUUUUUAA